AUCUUCAAACACAGCAUUCUGCAUGUCAAUUAUACUACAUACAACCUGCAACGCAAGCAAGAUACAAUUAAUCCUUGUACUCAUGCUGAUAUCAUGGUGCUUGCUCAUGAAGAUGAGUGCACACAUCCAUAUUGGUAUGCUUGUGUCAUGAAAAUUUUCCACAUGAAUGUG